GUUUGAUGACAUCGACCUGCCCUCGGCAGUGAAGUACCUGAUCGCCAGUGACCCCAACCUGCAGGUGCUGGGUGCUGCCUACCUGCAGCACAAGUGCUACAGCGACAGCAGCGCCAAGAAGCAGGCCCGCAGCCUGCAGGCCAUGCCCAAGCUGGUGAAGCUGUUCAACAGCCCAAACCAGGAGGUGCAGCGCCACGCCACCGGCGCCAUGCGCAACCUCAUCUACGACAACGCUGAGAACAAGCUGGCACUGGUGGAGGAGAACGGCAUCUACGAGCUGAUGCGCACCCUGCGGGAGCCCGACGACGAGCUCCGCAAGAACGUCACAGGGAUCCUGUGGAAUCUGUCCUCCAGUGACAACCUGAAGGAUCGCCUGGCCCGGGAUACGCUGGAGCAGCUCACAGACCUGGUCCUGGUCCCUCUCUCUGGGCUGGGGGCCUCGGGUGUCAUCCAGCAGAACCCCUCAGAGGCAGAGAUCUUUUAUAACUCCACAGGCUUCCUCAGGAACCUGAGCUCUGCCAGCCAGCAGACCCGGCAGAAGAUGCGCGAGUGUCACGGGCUGGUGGACUCCAUGAUCCACUAUGUGAACAGCUCCCUGGAGGUGGGGAAGUCGGAGGACAAGAGCGUGGAGAAUGCUGUCUGUGUCCUGCGCAACCUCUCCUACCGCUUGUACGACGAGAUGCCCCCGUCCUCGCUGCAGCGCCUCGAGGGCCACCGCAGGAACGCCGGCGGCACGGUGACAGGGGAGCUGGUGGGCUGCUUCAGCCCCCAGAGCAAGAAAGCCCGGGAGCACUACCUGAACGCGGACAUCGUCACCUUCACGGAGGUCUCCAAGGACCCCAAGGGCAUGGAGUGGCUCUGGAACCCUCAGAUCGUGGGCAUCUACAACCGGCUGCUGCAGCGCUGCGAGCUCAACAAGCACACGACAGAGGCAGCCUCGGGUGCCCUGCAGAACAUCACGGCCGGGGACCGCAGGUGGGCAGGGGUGCUGAGCCGGCUGGCGCUGGAGCAGGAGCGCAUCCUGAAUCCCGUGCUGGACCGUGUCCGCACUGCCGACCACCACCAGCUGCGCUCCCUCACUGGCCUCAUCCGCAACCUGUCUCGCCACGCCCGCAACAAGGACGACAUGUCCACCAAGGUGGUCAGCCACCUGAUCGAGAAGCUGCCGGGGAGUGUCGGGGACAAGGCCCCGCCCGCCGAUGUCAUCGUGAACAUCAUCGCGGUGCUCAACAACCUGGUGGUGGAGAGCCCCAUGGCCGCCCGUGACAUCGUCUACUUCGACGGCCUCAGGAAGCUCUUCUUCAUCAAGAAGCGGCGGGACAGCUCGGACAACGAGAAGUCCUCUCGGGCCGCCGCCAGCCUCCUGGGAAACAUGUGGCAGUACACCAAGCUCCACCGGGACUUCAAGAUGAAGGGCUACCGGAAGGAGGACUUCCUCAGCCUGUGAGGACGCCCCGGGAGCUGGAAUGCCUCGCUGGGAUGCUCCGUGCUGCCAGCCAUGCCAUGGGGAGGCUGCUCGCCGCCAGACCCCCACUCUGUAGCCUAAUCCCUACAUCCCACAUGCCUCCCCCCUCUGCUGGGUCCCCUGCCCUGGCUGAGGGUCACUUGUCCUCCCUCCUGCUCAGCCUUAAACCCAGCAGCUGCUUUUGGCUCUGCUGUGAGGCCCCGGUUAGGAGGGGGCUGCCCCAUGGCACCCCUUGGGGGCUCUCCCCACUCUCAGGCAGCUGUCUGCAAAACUUGGCUUGUCCUGGCUUGACAGGGGGCAGGAGCUGUAGGGAAGGCUCCUGCAGAGCGAUUCUGGGGCAAGGGGGCUUCUGGGGAUGCUUCAUCCCAGCUGCCUGAGCUGUGGGGCCGGGGCUGUCCGUGCCCUGUGCCGGAGUGGGAUGUGCUGCAGGUUACACUUUUGUUCUGCCCUGGCUGGGUGGGGAUGGAGCUUUGCAUGGCUUGGGGGCUUGGAGGGCUCUGAGGUGGCUUCCCACAGUUUAUGGGGUGGCACAGCAGCUGCAGGGAGCUGGGAAGGGACGCUGUGACAGUGCUGCAUUCCCCCUUUGCUGUGGAGGGUGGGCAGGGGGUCGUGUCUGAUGGGGUUCUGUGCCCUCGCUGCAGGAAGCCUGGGAGAGCUUCAGGGCCCCAUGUGUCACCCUGUGGGGACUGUCCCAGUGUGGCAGAGUGGCUCCUCACCAGCUGCUGCCAGGGCUGGGCCCUGCUGGCACAGCAGGAUCCGGGCAGGGCCGUCCGGGUCGUGUUUGCUGAGCAGUGUCACCCUGUGGGUGGGGAGGUGUCCCCGGUGUCCCCGUGCUGGGUGCAGACAGGUCCAGAGCUCUCUGUGCCACAGCUCAUGGGAGGGGACACACAGCUGGGCUGGGGGUGGCUUUGGGCUGCC